GUAAGAAAAGAAAUCAUGUCAACAAAAUACCUACAUCUAACAUUCAAUCAAUGGUGUUUGUUUUUUUUUGUUGGAUUUUCCCUAAAAAUAAUAUUAAAUGCUUUACAAUUCCAAUUCCCUAACAAAUAUAAUAUAACAAAACAAAUAUAAGUGUUGAAUUUGAAUGCAAAUCACAUUUAGUGUAGUGAUUGUAUAAACCGAGAAAAUGGUCAACAUCACAGCUUUCUGCCGAAUUUGCCUGGCUACCGACCGCAACAUGCACGUUAUUGCUCACACACCGCUGCAAGAAGUUUAUGAAAAACUUACUAAUAUUGCGGUAACUGCACACAGACAUGAGACCAAUAGCAGCGUGUUACAUCUGUUACUCUAGACUGAGGAACUCGCUCAAGCUGAUGCAUACCUCGCUACUGGCCGAGUCUUUUCUGAGAGGCAUUUUGGAAAAAAAUCAGAUAAAUGAUGGAAUUAUCGGCAAUCAGAAGAGUUUGGUGUCUAUUUCCAUCACUCCCAUAGAAUACUACAACACAAGUGAGGAAGCCCAAGUGAAGAAUGAACCCAAGAAUGAAGAAGUGGAGAAGACUGUAAAAACUGAAGAAACUAUAGAAUCUCCAAAAUCAUUGGCAGUGUCUGACGUAGAGGACAAGGAGUUCUCAGAUUCCGAAGACGACCUACCGCUGAAGAGCAUCAGAUUGAAGCAGGAGCAAAAUGCGAGGAAGAAAGAUGACAAAGUGAGGAAUCGAGAUGGGAAACUUGUGUACAAAAUGAACGCAAGGGAGAUAAUUUUAACGAAAGAGGAACAAAUAGAGGAACUGUUAGCUAGAGCGAAGACGGAGAACUACAGGGAUUCCCCGUACAAGUGUGAUUUGUGCUACAAGGGGUUCGUGGACGCGCAGGCGUACGAGAAUCACAAAGAGAAACACGACGAGAAAAGCGGCGGCUAUCCGUGCGACAUCUGCCGCAUGCGGUACCGCUCUGCGCGCCAGCUGCGCUCGCACUUGGCCACCUCGCACCAGCGCCGCUACCAGUGCUACGACUGCCCGCACAAAUCUCAUACCGCGAACCAAGCCAGGGAACACGACAAGUGGCAUAAAGGGUAUACUUACGAGUGUCAGCUGUGUGGGCAAAAGUUCAGGAAACCGACGUCAUAUUUAACCCACAUGAGGAAAAGUCAUCCCACGGAACAUGUAUGUGAAAUCUGUGGCGACAGUUUUGUUGGGAGACACGGGUUACUGAUGCACAAGAGCAAGACGCACAGACAGACUGAACAGAUACCAACAGACCAACAAAACUCGAAUACAUACUGUUCGGAAUGCAAAAUUCAGUUCGUGACGAGCGACGCCUGGAAGCGACAUAUAAUUUAUUCCUUCAAGCACAAAUCCAGUAAUCAGGACAGUUCGUGGUGUCGCAUCUGCGAGUCGCGCGUGUCGGGCGCGCCGGACGCGCACGCGCGCGCGCACGCGCGGGAGCUGCGUGCGCGCGCGCGCGGCGUCGCGCUCGGCGCCAGCCUGCCUUGUGCUCAGUGCGGCGCGGAGUUUGCGAACAAAUCGCGAUUGUCUGCGCACACGCGGCGCGCGCAUCUCGGUCUCAAAUACAACAAGAAUAUUGUUUGUGAGCUCUGCGGGAAACACUGUUCUUCUAACGCCACACUAAAGUACCACCAACGCACGCACACCGGAGAGAAGCCUUUCCCGUGCUCGUCUUGUCCGAAGCGGUUCUCGAGCCGCAGCCACCUCGCCAUCCACGCGCGCACGCACAGCGGCGCGCGGCCUUACUCUUGCAACACAUGCGGGAAGAGCUUCACGCAGAAACCGGCGCUCAAUAGGCACCGCAGGGUACAUACAGGAGUGAAGCCUUAUGAAUGUCAAUAUUGUUCGAAAAAGUUCAGUCAGUCUAACUCCCUAAACAUACAUAUAAAAAGUGUGCACUUGAAGAUACCUGUGGUUCGGAAAAAAACUGAAAUCAGUAAGGCACAGGAAGAUUUGCCUGCGGUGUUUUGAAUAUUACAGUAUUAUAAAUUUCUUAUUCAUGUAAUUUAAUAGUAAUUGCCUCAAAUAUAAUAAUGAACUAUAC